AUGGUCCUGUGCAUUCAGUCGCCGCUGAGCCAAACAAACCUCAGAGCAAAGUUGUCCACCGAGGUGUCAUGCACAGAUGCAUCGCCGACGGGGGGAGGAAGUUGUACCGCCACUGCGUUUGUGAAGGGCUGCCCCGGAGUACCCGAGAAACUGCAGUUCGAGGGCAAGUGUGGUCAAUGCCAGGGAGAGAUGGGCAGCGACUAUACCGUCGGGUACCCCUGUCCGAAUGGCUGUGGCGUGUUCGGUUGCUGCGUGGACUGCAUUGCUGCCCAUCGGCACGCCUGCGGGCGGGAAAUGUUGGGGCGAGCUACAUUUGGUGAAAGGUUCUCCGGGCCGAAUUGUCCCCUUACCAAAGCAGUAGCCCUUGAAGGAAUUUUUGUCCAGCCACCGCUCGACAAACUGAGAGAUGGUAACUGGGAUUUCUUUUCCCCGGCUGGCAAGGAGUGCUUGGAGGGUUUGGAGGAUGACAGCCAUUUGUCUGCAUCGCAUUGGGCGCCCGAAUGUAAGACAUACUCUGCAGCCAGAGGCAGACCUUUCUGGACUACAUCAGGACGCUACCUCCAAGGACCCCCGGCUCUGAGGAGCCAUGAAAUGCCUUGGGGACUGCCCAAUUUGUCCCCCGACAACCAAGUGAAGAUCAGGCAAGGGAAUGCAAUGGGGCGGCGCUCCCUGCAGGGACUACGUGACGCCCAUGAAAGGGGGCGGUUUGCCUCAGUGGAGCACCCAUGGUCGUCAAUUUUUUGGUCAACGCCUGAAGCGAUGGAGAGCUGUGCUCUGCCGGGCUUCUUCGUCACCUGCUUCAGCCAGUGCUGCUUUGGAGGACAGCGCACCAAAUGGACAGCAUUGGUCCACAACAUUCCAGAGCUGCACAGGGCUCUGCACAAGCCCGAUUGUGGCGGUCACCCGGGCCUCCUGCCGUAUGAAGUUCAUGAGGUGCAAGGGGGACUGCAAUUCGAUACCACGGCCGAGGCCGAGUACCCAUGGCGCAUGUGCCGGGUCUAUGCGCAAGCCCUCAAAUCUCAACUGCAACUGCUGUCCCCGUCUCCGUCUGCGGGCGUGUUUGACGAGGAAGGUGAGAUUAUGGCGGCCCUGAGAUCCUCAACUCGUGGGCUUCAGAACCCUGUGAUUGCCUCGCGUGCAGCCAUGCGGGUCUUGGAGGUGAUCCGCUCAAUGGUUCCUGGCAAGGAGAAGGAGCUCCUGAAAACUAUGCUGCGCCAUAUCUUCUUGCGUGACACUGACGUGAAGCUGUUGUCGUCAGCUGAAGACGGGAGUCAGAGCAUGAUGUCGCCUUAUCCUGCUUUCAAGUGGGAUUGGAAGGUGAAGUUGGCCUUUGCUUGGCGGCAGCAUCAACACAUCAACAUUCUGGAGAUCUCGGCGUUCCUGGUGGAGUUCCGACGUCGAACAAGGCAGCGUGCUCAACUGGGAUGCCGCUAUUUCAAUAUCACCGAUUCUCAGGUGACGUUUCACUGCCUCACAAAGGGGCGAUCAAGUUCACCUCGCCUCAACCGCCUUCUUCGUAGAGUGAAUGCCCUGGCCCUUAUGAGCGGCACUUUGCCGAUUCACCUCUGGACGAUUAGCAAGCGGAACGAAGCUGAUCGUCCGAGCUUUGGCCUCCCGCGAUCGUACGUACGGCUGGAUCAACUCUUGGCCGAGUACAUCAACCAUUUGUUUCAGGAAGGGGACUCUUUGACAAAAGCAGGCUGGGUGCUUAGUGGGAUCAAACGCCUCUACCCGCGGGUAAGAAGGGAGCUGGCCAUCUCUCAACAGUGGUACAACAACUGGUGUCGUGAGCAUACACCAAGAAGAGCCACGCCCAUUACCUGGCCCUUGAUCCAAGCUUUCACCGGCCUCUGCCUACAUCUAAAAUGGGUUCGCUUAGCAACUCUUUUUCUUCUGAGUUUUGUCUUUUUCCUCCGGACUGGAGAGACGUUGGCUCUGCGGAGCGGUGAUAUCCUUUGCAACCUGGAUGACGGCUCAAUCAUCCUACGACUGGCUGCGUCGAAGACCUCUCCUUCUGCCCAGCAAAGUUUGGCUCAUUUUGACCUGCGUUUGUCCCAACUGCUGCGCUGGUUACUUUCUCAUUUUGGCGCGGACGAAGUUCUGUGGCCAUUUUCAGGAUCGCAUUUUCGUCAAUGCUUCUCUGCAAUUUGCGCUUUCUUUGAGCUGCAGCACCUGCAGCUGGUUCCGUACAGCAUCAGAAGAGGAGGGGCUACCUACUUUUAUACCAAGACGGACGGCCUUGAUGCCGUCAUGAUCCGCGGACGUUGGAAAGACCAAGCCACCGCCCGUAUUUACCUCGAUGAUGCUAGGGCUACGCUAGUCAAACUGGCAGUCCCGGCUCGUUCCAAGCCCCUCGCCUCUCUUUUUCGCAAGUGUGUGGGCCUGUGGUGCCUUUUCUUUUUGGUGUUUUUGUUGUCCAAGCUGUUGCUUCCUCAUUUGCCUCCUGCGGGAGUGGUCCGUGGUGUUUGUGUUGUCUCUUUAGGCACGGGCACCACAUCGUUGAUCAAUCAUCAGAUUGAAGACAACAAGAAGUACGAGGUUGCGGUUGCCGACGACAGUGCAGCAACUUGCAGCCCAGAGGGUGGAGCUCAGAUCACUUGUGCGGAGACCCACAAGUGCUGCACAUCCAAACGUUCCUACUUGGCAGGCACAGCACAUGAGAGUCAGCCGCGUUUGGCCCUCUAUGCAAUUUGCUGCCCUUUGGACACGCAUUGCAAAUUUGACACCAUCUUCGUCUCAUGCGCACCCGGAGCAUUUGAAGCUCCCGCCUCUUGCCUCUUGUUUUCUCAUCACUUUGGUGAGACGGAUUUCAAGCACAAGUCUUGGUGGUUACUCGAUUUACGUGUAGGUGAUGAGGGCAAUGCCUCUCUACCCUUGUGCCGCCAGUCCUGUGAGGAUUUCUAUGGCGCUUGCAAGUACGAGGCGUCCGGGGACGGUUUCUUUGAUCCCUGCCGCGACUUCCGAGUCGCCUCGGAUGGUCUCUUCAUGUCCGGCGCACCCGGGCAAGAUCAGAUAUUGGGUGAGGACAAUGUCACCUGCGAAAAUGCAGCUGGUGGCGGUAUGGGCGAACAGGCAAAUCUUCGUGGAGACAUUUGGCUUCUGACCCCUCCAGGACUUGCAGUUUCUGCAGUGGUGUUGCUGCUCCUGUUGAUCCUAGCCUAUUUCUUGCUGGUGCCGUAUGGUCUCCGUGCCUACGUCUCCUGGUCCCUGCGGCAAUUGAUUCUGGUGCCCCUGUCGUUGUUCAGGAAAUUGCCUCCUUUGAGAGGCUUGACCUGCAUGUUCAUUUUGGUGGGACUCUUUCUAGUGGCUGUGGUCUUCGGAAUCUACUGGAGAACUCUGCCGGGCCAGUCCUUGAGUGCUCGAUUUUCUCGGGACAACAGCACAGGGGACAAUCAGAUCUUCACCGGAGAGGGCUUCAAGCCUGCGAUGGCAACCAACGAGGUGGCCGCUGGAACCGAACUGACCGAUGUGCAAAAACGUCGGCUGGUGGCCAGCUGUGGUUGUACUGGCGGCUAA